UGCAAAGUUUUAAUAACCUGCAACGUGCAGCAGAUUAUUGUGGGUUUAAUGCGUCUGUUUGAUGGUCCAGCUCAGCUCGACCACCGGGAGCACUGUUGGUCCACAGCCCAGACGCGUCCCUGGAAACCACCGACGCUUUGCUCCCAGUCCUGAAGCGAGCGUCUCCGGGUGGACGGCGGGACUCUGCCCGCCGCGCCACAGCCAUGGUGCUGCUGUUAAUGAUGAUUAUAAUGAAGACGAUGAUGAUGGUGGUGGUGGUGAGACGGAACGGAGACGGUGGUUUUGGAUUAAGUUUGCACCAUGAAUGACAGGUAUCACAAGGCGGCCCGGGACGGCUACCUGGACCUGCUGAAGGAGGCCACCAGGAAGGACCUGAACGCGCCGGACGAGGAUGGCAUGACCCCGACGUUAUGGGCGGCUUACCACGGCAACCUGGAGGCUCUGCGGCUGAUCGUGUCCCGGGG